AUGCCCAGCUCCACCGGACAGCCCGACGGCGGCGGGGGCAAGCGCAGCGGCGGACCCGGGGCGGCGGUCGGGGGGGACCCCAGCCCGGGCCCCCCGCCGCCGCCGCCGCCGCCGCCGCCGCCGCCGCCCCCGCCCGAGGGCGCCGAGGAGGCCGCGCCUGCGCCCCGGCCGCCGCCCGAGCCCGACGACGCGGCCGCCGCGCUGCGCUUGGCCCUGGACCAGCUCUCAGGGCUCGGUCUGGGGGGCGCGGGCGACCAGGACGGGGAGGGGGCGGCCGCGGGCGGCGGGGACGGAGCGGUGGCGGCGGCGCGAGGCGCAGACUGCGGGGCCGCGGCGGAGCCCGCGCCCCCCGACGGGCCCGAGGCGGGCGCGCCCGGGGUGGCCGUGGCCCCCGGCCCGCUGCCGUUGCUGGAGCCCGACGUGAGCCCCCCGCCGCCGCCUCGGCCAUCGCCGCCCGACGUGUUCGCGGGCUUCGCGCCCCACCCCGCGGCCCUGGGUCCCCCGACGCUGCUGGCCGAGCAGAUGAGCGUGAUCGGCAGCCGCAAGAAGAGCGUGAACAUGACCGAGUGCGUGCCCGUGCCCAGCUCCGAGCACGUCGCCGAGAUCGUGGGUCGCCAGGGGUGCAAGAUCAAGGCUCUGCGCGCCAAGACGAACACGUACAUCAAGACACCGGUGCGUGGGGAGGAGCCGGUCUUUAUCGUGACCGGCCGCAAAGAGGACGUGGAGAUGGCCAAGCGUGAGAUCCUGUCGGCCGCCGAGCACUUCUCCGUGAUCCGCGCCACGCGCAGCAAGGCAGGCGGGCUGCCCGGUACCGCGCAGGGCCCGCCCAACCUGCCGGGACAGACCACCAUCCAGGUGCGCGUGCCCUACCGCGUGGUGGGGCUGGUGGUGGGCCCCAAGGGCGCCACCAUCAAGCGCAUCCAGCAGCGGACGCACACGUACAUCGUGACGCCCGGGCGCGACAAGGAGCCGGUGUUCGCUGUGACGGGCAUGCCCGAGAACGUGGACCGGGCGCGCGAGGAGAUCGAGGCCCACAUCACGCUGCGCACGGGAGCCUUCGCUGACACCGGCCCCGACAGCGACUUCCACUCCAACGGCACCGACGUCUGUCUGGACCUGCUCGGGGCAGCCGCGGGCCUCUGGGCCAAGGCCCCCAACCCGGGCCGCCGGCCCCCCGCGCCCACGGCCAGCCUCCGGGGGGACGCUGCUCUGGGCACCCCGGGGGGCCCCGAGGCCUUCUAUGCGGGCGGCCGAGGGGGGCCGACCAUGCCGGUGCCGGAUGCGGACCCCACCAGCCCCUACGGCGCCUCGGGCAACGGAGGCUUCACCUUCGGUGGGGACGGUCCGGGGGCCCCCGCGGGGCCACCCGCCCCCGAGGACUGCGACUUCGGCUUCGACUUCCUGGCGCUGGACCUGACCGUACCCACCGCGGCCACCAUCUGGGCGCCCUUUGAGCGGGCCCCGCCCCUGCCCGCCUUCAGUGGCUGCGCCGCCGUCAACGGGGCCCCCGCGCCACCCGCCGCGGGCGCCCGGCGCAGCAGCGGGGCUGGCACACCACGACACUCGCCCACGCUGCCCGAGCCCGGCGGCCUGAGCCUGGAGCUCCCGCUGGCCCGCCGCGCUGCGCCCGACCCGGUGGGCGCCCUGCCCUGGCGGCCCCCGCAGGGCUCCCUGGCAUCCUUCUCGAGCAGCGCCAGCUUCUCCACGGCCACCUCGCUGCCCGGCAGCUCCUCGGCCUCCUCGUGCUCUGCGCUGGACUCGAGCGCCUCGGAGAGUGGCCGCAAGCCCCAGGCGGCCCCGGCCCCCAACGCCCCCGCCUCCGCGGCUCUGGCGCGGGAGUGCGUUGUGUGUGCAGAGGGUGAGGUGAUGGCCGCGCUGGUGCCCUGCGGCCACAACCUCUUCUGCAUGGACUGCGCCGUCCGCAUCUGCGGCAAGAGCGAGCCCGAGUGCCCAGCCUGCCGCACACCUGCCACCCAGGCCAUUCAUAUCUUUUCCUAGCCGGUCACCUCGCCGCGCCCGCGGCCCUCAGGGCCCGUCCACGGACGCGGGGUGGGUGCUCA